AUGGCUCAUUCAUUCAUUCGUCCAAAUGGAACAUGGCGGUGCUAGGCAGGAUGUGCAUAAGUCUGUAAUUUUUGCAUUUAUCAACGAGUUGCAGAUUCAAGAUUAAUUUUAGUUUCUUUUUGUUCUACUUUGUGUAUUGAUUACCUAAUUAGUGAAAAAUAUAUCCCUGCCAAAGGGAUUGUCGUUGGACUUAUAAUUUUUGCGAUGAUAAUUAUUACUUCAUUGGUGGUGUAAAAAUAAUUGUGACAAAUAUACCUCAUUAUCUCAGCAAGGCGUGGUGGUCAUGGCUACGCUCAUCCAAGAGAAUGGCAUCAAGGAGUUGAGCAAAGGCACCCACGGCGUGGUGUCGAACCAUGGCAUCACCGCGCACAGCGUCGCCAGCCACAUGGUGCCGGACCACGAAUACUGCGAGGCGGGCGCCGCCGCCGCGCCCGCGCCCGCGCCCGCGCCCGCCGCCGACGACGACGACACGCCCGAAAUAGACAUCAUGAUAAACAAUGUCGUGUGCAGUUUUAGUGUUAAGUGCCACCUCAAUCUGAGACAGAUCGCGUUGAACGGUGUUAACGUCGAGUUCCGCCGCGAGAACGGAAUGGUGACGAUGAAGCUGCGGCGGCCCUACACCACGGCGUCGAUUUGGUCGUCGGGCCGCAUCACGUGCACGGGCGCCACGAGCGAGGACCAGGCCAAGGUGGCGGCCCGGCGGUACGCGCGCGCGCUCCAAAAGCUCGGCUUCCAGGUCCGCUUCCAAAACUUCCGCGUCGUCAACGUCCUAGGCACCUGCCGAAUGCCCUUCGGCAUCCGCAUCAUAGCCUUCUCCAAUAAAUACAAAGAAGCAGAUUAUGAACCAGAGCUACAUCCAGGUGUUACGUAUAAACUAUACAAUCCUAAAGCUACAUUGAAAAUAUUUUCUACGGGUGGUGUCACAAUUACAGCGCGCAGCGUGAACGACGUGCAGUCGGCGGUGGAGCGCAUCUUCCCGCUGGUGUACGAGUUCCGCAAGCCGCGCUCGGCGGCCGACGAGGAGGCGCUGCGGCAGAAGCGCGCGGGCCGCGCCGGCGCCGCGCCCGCUGCCGCGCCGCCGCCGCCGCCCGCCGACCCCAUGCACCUCGUCACGCUGUCCGACGACGACAACGACGCCUGGGAGUGA